AUGUUCGACGCCAUCGUCAACGACCCGAAGGUGCACCCGGCGACGCGAGCGCACUUCCGCUCGACGAAGCAACUCGGGGCGGGCGCGGUGCUCGGCAUCGACGUCGUCCACAAGGACGUCGAGCUGAACGACAAGGCGUGGCUCCACGAGGCGCAGGGCUACCUCAACCACCCCAAGGGCGCCAUCACCCUCGCCACGCGCUGCGUCGGCGUGGGCCCUAACUCGAGGGCGUACGGGGUAGCCGUCACUUUCCUGCCUCACAAGGGCGGGGCUGUCCCGGAAACCAGGAUCGAGACUCGCCUGUCGCCGGACGGCGAGUGGCGCAAGAGCGGCGUUCUCGCCGGCGGCAGCGUCGUCGUCGGCCGAGCGCAGUUUGAUGGUGCGCCGGACGCAAAGAGCAUCUCGCGCGAGCACUUUGAUCUCAGGCUCUCUGCCGAUGGUGCGCAAGUGACCGUGACGAGCAUGAGCGGGAGCCCGAGCCACAUCCACGACGCUGAGGAUGACCAGCCCACGCGGCUCGCCAAGGGCCAGGCCGUCCCGCUCGCAUACGGCCAGCUCGUCUCACUCUCCAGGUCGCAGCGCUGCCAGCUCCGCGUUGUGCUCGAUGGAGUGGCUGCGGCUCCGGCGGCUGCAGACUCGGCGGUCGCCGCCCCCGCGGCUGCGCGCCCACCCAGUGCGAGCGGGGCGGUGGUCGUGCACGAUCUGAUCUCUGACGACGACGACGACGACGAGGUGCGGGUGACGGAGGCGCGAGCACCAGUCACACUCGACCUCACCGCAGCCGGGCCAUCUGGCGGCGAGCGCGCAAAGCGGCGGGCGGCGAGGGCGGCGAGGGCGGCGAGGGCGGCCGGCGGCGGCCCCGCGCCUCGGCGAGACGCUGCGUCGGCGCUGGGGGCCGAAGAGGUGAUCGACUUGGAGGCGGCCAACGGGGUCGGUCUCGGCAACCACACCAUCCUCUUCGCCUUCCACGGCACGCGGCAGGCAAACGUGCGCCCGAUCCUGGCGGAAGGAUUCAAGCUCUCCAAGGUCGGCUCAACGACCGACCCGGGCUUCUACGGCGCGGGAAUCUACUUUUCGGAGCAGCUGCAGAUGAACGACGGCAUGUUCCUCUGUAAGCUCCUCGUUGGCAAGCCGUUCCUCGCGCCGCUGCAGCAAGGGCGAGGGCUUCAGGCGGGCUAUACGAGCCACGUGUCGGACGCGAGCGGCAGCGAGGCGGCGAUGCUGCCGCUCUACUUCGUCUUUCUGCGCCCCCAGGGCGCCCACGGCCCUCUCGGCCACCAUCAUGGCCAUCUUGGCCACGCUGCGGCGGCAGCGCACAAGGAGCCGCUCAAGGGUCUCGGCGGCGGCGGCGGCGGCGGCGGCGGCGUGUUGGGCGGCCUGGGCGGCUUGGGCGGCGCCAUCGGUGGAGCGAUGCACACGCUCGGCGGCGCAUUUGGCCUGGGUGGCGCCUCAUCGUCGUUGCCGGCCGCCGCCGUCGGGGCUGCCGCCGCUCUCGCCGGCGGCGGUGGCUGGGGCGCGGGCAACGUGCUGGGCGGCGGCAAGAGGCCGCGGGCGGACCACGACGCCGCGGUCGUGGCGCGGCUGCUGAGCGAGAGCCGUGGCGGCAAGGGCCGCCCGCGAGGGGCGGCCGGGCGCGCGGAGGGCGCGGAGGGCGCGGAGGAGGAGAUGGUGCGCGAGGCGAUGCGGCGGAGCUUGCUGCCGGGAGGGCGGUAG